CCUGUCAAACUUUGUAAACAUAAACAAAACGUUUUGCUGUCCAAAUUUUGUUAAAAAAAUUUUUCCUUAGUUUUUAAAUAAAAUUUCCGAAAAUGACUGAAAAUUCCGUGGGAAAUUUGGAACAAGAAGCUCUCAAGCGGAAAGAACGUUUGGCACAACUUAAACGCAAAGCCGAAGGAAAGCCCGUUUUUCGGAACUACAAGCCCGAUGAAGCCGCCGCCGACACAAAAAUUGCUGAAAAUGUUGAAAUGGAUGCCGUUGAAGCGCAAGUCGAGGAACAAAUGCAAGCGAUGAAGCAGCCCAUUGUCGUUGACGAAAUUGAUAUUUCGAAUUUAGCACCGCGAAAAAUUGAUUGGGACCUGAAACGAGAUGUUGCCAAAAAGAUGCAAAUUUUGGAGAGAAGGACACAAAAGGCGAUCGCGGAACUGAUUCGGGAAAGGAUGCAAGGCAAUCAGGAGGACAUUUCGCAGUUAGUGAACGUUGGGACGGCGAUGAAUAACAAAAAUAAUGUGGAUGAAGAUGAUUAAAGCUUUUAGUUUUUUAUUGUAAAAAGCGCAUUUUGGUUUUUGUGACGAGAGCACGGUCCAAGUCUUGGUUCAAGUCGUUGAUGCCUGAGGGAGAGAAGAAAAAUUUUAGUUAGGGAUGUCGAAAUUUUUGAUUUUUAAAUUAUUUUGACAGAUGAAAUUUUGACAUUUUUAUAUGG